UGUGGUUCCAAUCGUCAAAGCAGUAAUGAAGUGUCUUGCCGUUUUAUUAACGCUGUUAGUACACAGGGCAAUCGGUGCCAAUUCCUUAGAAACCGCGAUUAAGGAUAAUCUCUGCCUAAAUGGGUCAUAUGAUUCCGAGGGAAAAUGUGAGUGCAAUGCGGGCUAUGCCAUGUAUCGCGGAAGAUGUUUUCUAGUUAAUUCUUCAGCCAUCCAUACCGCAUCUGAGGACCCAGCAAGGUCGGACAGGUCUUGUACAACGGGAUACAACGAUGAUCAAUGCUGCUCCGGAACACUGUGUGAUAGCUCUUGUCCUCCGGGAUACGUUUUAAAUAGAGGUUUCUGUGAGAUUCAAAAUCCAACAUGUCCUCCUGGUACAUAUUUCAAUAAUGGAUUUUGCUACUUCCAACCAAUACCUCCACAUGCGCAAACAGCUCCGCCAAUUGAAACAAUUAAAGUCGUUGAACCGGUGAGAGUCAAUAUUCCCGUUCCGGAGCUCGUCGAACCACUAGAUUCGAACGAAUUCCAACCAAACGAAGACGAUGAUGAAGACAUUGAAGUAGUUCCGGAUCGACGACCACAUCCAGGGAAAAACAUAGUGCACAAUGUGAACACCGUCAAUUCGCCUACGAACGUAACAUCUCAUAACAUCAACAAUGUCUUCAUUCACAUCACUCGUCACAAGUCUGAUGGCUCUAUCAAGGCUGUGGUGAUAAGGAACAACGAAACUACCGUAUACGAAGAGAAGCCAUCAACGAUUCAAGAGUCUGAGAAACUGAAAGUGGAACUUGUAACCACGGAACAACCGCAGAAAGAAAAAUGUUGCAUAAUCGUAUCGCCAAGGAUCUGCCGAAAGCAGCAGGACGAAUGGGCUUGUUUCCAUCGAAAGCACUACCGUUGUGGAACUUUCUGCACUUCGAAUGUGCUGUAUUUGAAACCGCGCAGACCGAUGCUUCGCAAUUCUUCGCUCAUCAUGCCUCCGACGAUGAAUUUUGAUUCACGCAUGCAGUUCGGCCUUUGCCGAUGGGGUGUUUGUCCAUCCAUUGAUUGUUCGGGAUGCCUUCGCGGGAGCUAUCGCUGUCACGUACAAUGCUACACAUACGACUGUGCCCGGCAGGGAGGCUGUAACUUUGUCAAUCAAGACGAUUAUUGUGACGAUAAAGAAGAUGAGCUGUGUACACUGGAUGAAUGAGCGUGGAUG